AACACACUUCAGUAUGCCUACUGCUUACUCUUCACAAAAAAAGGCCUUGGAAAAUAAGUAAAUGUUGGUCUCAGCAGUGGGUGGAUUAAAGGAGGAGUGGAUGACAGAGGAAUGGGCAAUGGCUGAAUGUGGAUCUAUCUCUGAGGGCAGAGUGCAGAAGGACUGGAGGCUGGGCUCCACAGAUACCACAGCCCACUGACACACUGUUGAAGGCAGUGCCUGGACCUCCUCCUCCUCUCAGAACUCCCUCUGCCUGCCUACUACAGCACCACUAGACUCUCUUGUCUGUCCGCCUCGUGCUCUUUUUUCUACCCAGAACAAUAGAGGGGGAUUGCCGUUCCACAAAGACCACAGCAGCAGCAACACAGACCAACAGACAGGCAGGCAGGUGUGCUCUGCUCUCUGGCAUGCUCCAACGCAGCUGGGUCUCUUCAGCCAUUAGUGGAUCAGCCGACUCCUGCCUCCUGCCAUUCUUAGAUGAUAUGACUGGGAUCCUCCUGGACCUACAGCGCAAAGGGAAGGGAACUCUGCCGCUACCUCGCCAAGCCUCAACUAGCACUCGCUGACCUGACAUACUCACAUACGCGUGUGUUUGUGCAAAGGAGAAACGUUCCAUUGAGAGUUGUGCGACUGGAUGGAUAGAAUAGCGACAACAUUGAGAAGAGACUGACGCACCAUGGCACGCUGUCCAAGACACACAAAAGCCCACUGGAGCCUGCACUGAGGAAUUAUCUGCUGUCAGGACCCGCGCCUGCACCGGGGUGAUAGGGAGAGACGGAGCCAAGGAGCCAGGCUCAGGCCACCGCAAGGUGAGGGUGGCGCCGUGCCGGAGAGGAGGGGACUCGCAACUCGCCGAUGGCGUCCUCCGCCAUGCAGAUCCUCGCCUUUGCCCUGGCGCUGCUGGGUGUCCUGGGCGCCACUGUGGCCACGCUGCUGCCCAACUGGAAGGUGAGCGCUGACGUGGGCUCCAACAUCAUGACCGCCAUCUCCCAGAUGCAGGGGCUGUGGAUGGACUGCACCUGGUACAGCACCGGGGUGUUCAGUUGCACCUUGAAGUACUCUGUGCUUUCGCUGCCUGCCUACCUGCAGACCGCCCGGACAACAAUGGUUCUGUCGUGCAUGAUGGCUUGCCUGGGCCUCUGUCUCGCCGCCCUGGGGCUCAAAUGUACCCGCUGGGGGGGCAGUCACCGGGCAAAGGGGCACGCAGCCAUCGCGGCGGGGGGUUGCUUCAUCUUGGCUGGCAUCCUCUGCCUGGUGCCCGCUUCCUGGUUCACCAAUGAGGUAAUCACUACCUUCCUGGACUCCAACGUACCUGAGAGCAGUAAAUACGAGCCUGGGGGGGCCGUGUACAUGACCUUUGUCUCUGCCGGCUUCCUGCUGGCCGGCGGGGUCAUCUUUUGUUUGUCGUGUCCUGAGAAAAGAGCGGGGCAGUUGGACUACACCUCAACAUCCACCUCUACCACCUUUCCUGACAAACUACUGCAGCAGCAGAUAAACCAGGAGCAACUACAGCGCGACCAGCUCCAGCGUGACCUGAUGCUGCGGGAGCAACUGCAACGGGAGCAGAAGGACUUUGAACAGCAGACGUCGCCUAAUGAGCAGUCGAGCCGCGAGCAGCUACACCGGGGUGACAAAGGGCCCCAGGAUGAGGCCCAAGCAGCUGACAAAAUCCAGCAGGAGAAGCUUCUACAGGAGAAGCCUCUACAUGAAGACAAGGGAACGCAACAGUUCUACUCUCCAUCCAGAGUCCCUCCAAAAGACGCCCGGGCUGGCUACAGCCUGCAGGACUACGUUUAAUAUGUUUUAUCCCUAAACCCUGCUCUUGUUAGUGGGGUGGGGGGAGAAUCCUGAGGACAAUCUACUGGCUGCCUUUGUGAGAGGGAUCAAGUGGAGGAGAAAAAAAGGUUGAUGAAGGAGGGUAAUGACUUUGACAGCCUUAUCACCCCCUCUCAUCUCCUCUCUCGCUACUGCAAGCGCAAGCAGUAAAGGUAUUCCCAAAGUCUUGGAGAAAGGCAGCUUGUGGAUCCAGAAUCCUGGGGCAAAUGCCUCCUUGACUGCUGCUGUGGUGGGCGGAAAGACACAAGGGUAGGGUAGGGUAGGGAGGGUAGAGGAGAGGUGUCAUAAAAAUGCACAAGCGCAGCACAAGUACUGUAAAUCCUGUGACAAGUUCCUUUAAAAACGGAUGCGGAGGCUUUUCCAUACCAAAGGUUUCAAUGAGAAAGAAAGUGCUGAGGAUAAUUAGCUGCUAAUAAUAUGACAUCAUUACUUUUGCAUAGUAAGUUACCCACUGGGCACACACUGGUUGAAUCAACGUUGUUUCCACGUCAUUUCAACCAACGUGGAAUAGACGUUGAAUUGACGUCUGUGACCAGUGAGUAGUGUCGAUAUGUCUGAAAAAGACAUGUAAAAGCCAUUCUUUGCAAGCUUGUAUCUCUUAAACCCCAUUUGCCUUGUGAGAUUAAAAUAAUAAUAUUUUUCAAAAGAUAAACAGACUGAUUGAUAUUCAGUCUCCUUAGCAUGCUUGUUAAAUAAUGCAGCUUGUUAAAUUAUCUGUAGCUUGUUAAAUAAUGCAGUUGAAUGCAGAGUAGUUACUGAAACAUAGCUACCAACGCUUGUGCCUAGAAUUUGUUUGUAGAACUUCAACUGUUUGUAAAGGAGAAUUAGAGAAUAUUAAAGAAGUGAAAGGGAGUUCAGAUCCCCACCAACACCAUACACACACAUCCAGUCCAUAUUUUCCUAGUCGUGGAGGGGAAUAAGGUGCAUGGCAGCAGGGGCAGAGGCCAGUCUGAGCCCUCCUCCUAAAAAAACAUGAAUGGGAUUUAUAGUAAAGACAUUUUAACUGUAAAAAUGUAUUACCUUUUAAUGUGCCAUGAACACAACCAGUUAUGAUGUUUUCAUCUGAUUGUCAAACAAAUCACUUCAAAAGUAGGGUAGCUUCGCAUGUUCAUCUAAAAUAAUUCCAGCAUCCGAACAGUGCACUGUACACCCACCAACUUUCCUUAAAUUCGCAAGUGGCUGAAACGAUCUCAUCGGAAUAAGCAUCCGAGCGAGUAAAACAGUGCCCCUCUGCCUUAUUAUAUGACAUGCCAUAAUAUUUUUGUCCAGACAGCAUCAGAUACAGUGUAUAUAUAAAAUCUACACCCCCCUAGGAUUUCUGCACAUUUUAUUGUGGUACAAAGUCGGAUUAAAAUGGAUGUAAUUGUAGUUUUUUGUUAACAAUCUACACAAAAUGCUCUGUAAUGUCAAAGUGGAAGAAUAUAUUUAUUUAUUUAUUAACGAAAAUGUAAACACUAAUAUUCCUUGAUUAGAUAAGUACCCCCCCACCCCCCUGAAAGAUUCCCCAG